GGAGAGAGAGAAAGUUGCCGAGUUGUUUUCCCUCUCUCCCCCGCCCGCAAGCUUCCCCGCCUCCGCUCCCGCUUCGCUUCCCUCCCCCCGACCAACUCGCGAAUCAAACCCUACUCCCCGCCGGCCACCGCCAUGGACGGCGGCUCCUCCAGCCUCCCCCUCUCCCCGCCGCCGCCUCCGCCGCAGGCAUACCUCCGCCGCCCCGUGCCGCCGCCCGCCCCUGCUCCUCCCAAGGUCCACUUCAUCCGCGCCGCGGCGCCCAUCCCCAUCUUCUCCUCUCGAGCCCCCGGGACCCGCGCCGCCUCCAAGCCCCCGAUGCCUCCUCCUCCCGCUCCCGCUCCCCACGCGCCCACCGCGCAGGCUCCACCUCGACCGCCGCCACCGCCACCGCCAGCCCCCGCCGCCACCGACCAGCCACCUCCUCGGCCGCCCCAACCGGGUGCGAUGCUGCCGCCUCCGGCUCCGAAGGCGGUGGCAAGGGGGAAGCCGAAGGCCAAGGCACCGUCCAUUGAACAAAGCAACGGGAGAGAAAAUUCCCAAGCUGAAGUCAACAAUGGAGAGACUGUGAAAGGACAUGAUAAGGAGAGUACCAUUGGACCAGUAAAAGCUAUCAAGCGGUCAAAAAAACUAAAAGCUUCAAAACACACCUUGGGCACCUCAGAUAGUUUCAAAGCCAUUGAAGGAGAUGCUGGGCCUUCUUUGUUUUUGUCGAACCACUGCCGCUAUGACAGCUCACUAAGUCUGCUGACAAAGAAGUUCAUCAACCUGCUUGAAGGAGCAGAAGAUGGGACCCUUGAUUUAAAUAAAGCAGCUGAGACAUUGGAGGUGCAAAAGAGGAGGAUAUAUGAUAUAACAAAUGUUCUCGAAGGUGUUGAUUUAAUUGAAAAGACGCUUAAGAAUAUGAUUCGCUGGAAGGGAUUUGACAUGUCAAAGCCUAAGGAGAUAGAACGCCGAAUUUCUGCAUUGAAGGAAGAACUUGAAUCUCUUUAUGAUGAAGAUGACAGGUUGGAGGAUGAAAUAAGGGAAGCACAAGAGAAACUACAAGCCCUCACAGUAGAUGAAGACAAAAGAAAGUUCUUAUAUCUUUUGAAGGAAGAUAUCAAUAAGAUUCCUCACUUUCAGGAAUCCACUCUUAUUGCUAUAAACGCUCCUCAUGGAACAUCUGUUGAAGUUCCAGACCCUAAUGCGGAUCUAUACUUGUACGGCAACCUGGGGUUGCAAGAGAAGCAUUACCAAAUUCUCUUGAGAAGUUCAAUGGGCCCCAUUGAUUGCUAUUUAAUAAGUGACCAUCAGGAGAUAUUCAACCCAGACCACCCGGUGGCACCAGACAACUCAGAACCUGCGGUCGCUUCUGGAAGUUCUCAAGCUGCGGAUCGGAUGGAUUGUGAUCCAAAUCAGGCACCAGAGAAGGGAGAGAGCAAUGCUGCAUGCACGCAUACAGUGGAGCCGUCCAGAAACCAUGAAAUCAUGUCUGGCAUUCUGAGAAUUGUUCCAUCAGAUGCUGAUGUUGAUGCUGAUUACUGGUUCACUUCUGACCUUGAUGUUAGUGUGACAGAUGCAUGGGGCACUUAAUGGAUUGAUCCUCAGACUCAGGGCUCUUAAUCUGUCUCAUACAUAGACAAAAUAGAAUGACUCCACAGUACACAUUUGCAUUGAGGAAGGAGCUGGAUCAGUAGGACACCUUCAGCUAUGUUCAUGUCUCGGUAGCUGCGAAUUUUAUUCUUCCCUGUCCAUGUUCUGGCCCCAUUAACCAACAAGGCACAGGAUACAUCGUAGGAAGUAGAUCUUGUACAUUUUAGCAGCAUGAUGGUAGUUGUUAAUCUGCUUCAUCGAUAAUUCAGAUAGGAUCGGCAACUGCAGUAGGUCUCAGCUUAAAUCUCACUGGCCUUUGCCUUCCUUUGAACGGACUGUGUAUGUAUAUCGAGUUAGAAGGCAACACAGUCCGAAAUAAGGCCAUCCGGUUUUCUUGCCUUUCGAGGGCAGUAAUAUUGUAUAUCCUGACUAUCACCAAUAGCAUAUCUAUAGAGGCUAUAAAAUUGCUGUACUUUUUGGUUUU